UGAGGCCUAUUUCUGUCCCUGUUUUACUUAACGGUGCUGCACGACCAGCAAACCUCUCCGCCGUCUGACCGCCUCCUUGUCCUCGUCCUUAUUCUCGUCGACAUGGCGGAGAAGGAGGUGGCCGUCUCGCUCGACGAGAAGGCCGAUAACGGAGCCUCGCUAGAUGGCAUCGCUCACGACCCCAAAUUCGAAAGGAGGGUUCUGCGCAAGAUCGACCUCCGUCUUAUACCUAUACUGGGCGCACUCUACACCAUCGCCAUGGUCGAUCGUAGCAAUAUCUCCGUCGCGCGUAUCUCGGGCCUCGACGAGGACGUCGGCCUCGCCGUCGGCAACCGCGCGUCCAUCGCCCUCCUCGUCUUCUUCAUCGGGUACAUGCUCUUCGAGCUCCCGAGUAACAUGAUCAUCCACCGCAUCGGCGCCGCGAACUGGAUUUCCCUCAUCGUCUUUGCCUGGGGCCUCGUCUCGAUGGGUAUCGGCUUCCUCAACGAUUGGAUUUCGCUCGCCGUGAUGCGCGCUUUCCUCGGCGCCUUCGAGGCCGGCUUCUACCCGGGCUGCGUCUAUCUCAUCUCGUCGUGGUACCGCCGGUACGAGGUCCAGAAGCGCCUCGCUGUCUUCUUCAUGACCGGCUCCGCCCUGUCCGCCUUCGCCAACAUCUUCGCCCUCGGCCUUAUCCAGAUCUCCAAUACCCACCACUACAAGGGCUGGCGCUGGAUCUACAUCAUCGAGGGCAUCAUCACCUGCGUCGCCGCCGUCAUCGCCUGGUUCAUCAUCGUCGACUUCCCCGACUCCACCCGCAACAAGUUCCUCUCGCCCGAGGAGAGCGCCUUCGUCAAGGCGCGCCUCGCCGAGGACCGCGGUACGGAGACGCGCGAGCGCGUGACCCUUGCUAUCUUCCUCGAGACCGUUAGCGACUGGAAGGUCUGGUCCUUCUCGCUGAUGUACGCGGCGGGCGCCGUUGGUGUCUACGCCUUUCUCUUCUUCCUGCCCAUCAUCUUGCGCAACGGCAUGGGCUACUCGCUGGAGCUCGCGUUUGUCCUGUCGGCGCCGCCCGCCCUGUUCUCCGUCAUCGAGGCCGUGGUCGUCUCGUGGCUGGCCGAUAAGAUGCGGCUGCGCGGGCCUUUCGUCAUCGUGCAGGGGGUCGUCGCCAUCAUCGGCCUGUGCAUGACCGGCUUCGUCAAGAGUCCCGUGCCGCGCUACAUCGGGACCUUCUUGGGCGAGGCCGGCGUCAACGGGCUCGUGGUUACCACCCUCGCAUGGCAGGCCAACAAUCUUCGCGGAGACGCGAAGCGCGCCUGCGCUACGGCCGUCCUGGUCACGCUCAGUGGCCUCGGCGGUAUCUACUCGUCUCUGGUCUUCCGCCAGCAGGAUGCACCCAAUUACACGCCGGGUAUCAUAGCCGUCAUGGCUAUCUGCAUAGCUGCGGUUGUUGCCGCCACCAUCUCCAUAUUCGUCCUCAAGUGGGAGAACAAGCGCGCGGACGAAGGUAAGAAGGUGUUAGACGCCGGCAUGUCCGAGUUCCGAUAUACGAUCUAAGUAGAGCCAUUCGGUGUAUAUAUUGUAACGCGCUAUCAGAGCUGUUGUUUUCGGAAUCGUAGGUCCUCGUGCGAAGUAUCCAUGGCCGUGGGGGAUCCUUUGCAACUAUACUUCCAAAACAUAAAUGUCACCGCGUGAUAAGCUAUGUGUGUAAGCCUCUAUCUCCAACGAGGAAGAGCGACGGAGUCGUCUAUGUUUCUCUAUGACUCCCAUGAGCCUGAUAGCAAGAUGAGGC